CAGGCGGACUCUCAACCACUGCGCCACCAGGGAAGCCCCCCAAGUUGCCCGGCAUCCUGGGCCACCCAGACGAUGUGGGAUGGAGGCGCCGGAAGUCACCUGCCCUGCCUUGCCUGCCAGGGACCAGCCAGCUCCUGCUUCUGGCCCCCCAGGGGCCCCAGGUGGGCAGGCCUCGCCUCACCUGACCCUGGGCCCCAUCAUCCUGCCCCCAGAGCAGGGCCUGGCCCCCACCCUGUUCCUGAAGGCCUUGCCCAUCCCACUGUACCACACAGUGCCUCCAGGGGGCCUCCAGCCGCGUGCCCCCCUCGUGUCAGGCAGCGUGGACGGGGGCAGCGUGCCCUUCAUUCUCAGCCCCCUGCUGCAGCCUGAAGGGCCCGGUCCCACCCAGGUGGGGAAGCCAGCGGCCCCAGCGCUCGCCGUGAACUUCGUGGGUGCUCUGCCCAUCCUGUCACCGGGCCUGGGGCCCAUGCUGGGCAGCCCCGGCAAGGUGCGCAACGCCGGCAAGUACCUGUGCCCGCACUGUGGCCGGGACUGCCUGAAGCCCAGCGUUUUGGAGAAGCACAUCCGCUCCCACACGGGUGAGAGGCCCUUCCCGUGCGCCACCUGCGGCAUCGCCUUCAAGACCCAGAGCAACUUGUACAAGCACAGACGGACCCAGACACACCUCAACAACUCCAGGCUGUCCUCGGAUGGCGGGGGAAGCAGCCUCCCGGAGGAGGGGGACAAGGCCGGAGUGCCUUCCGGGACCCACGGGGCACGAUCAGAGAGACCCCUUUCUCCGGGCGCCCAGUCUGCUGGGCACUGCCUGCUGCCCAGGGCGCAUCUGUCCCCGGUUGCCAAGAGCCUGGACCUGAAGAUGGACGCUGUUGCCUGUCCAGUAUCCACGUUCGAUGUCAGGGAGGCCCCUGUAGACUCUGCCCCCCGGCUCCCGCUGGCCAGCUCGCAGCCGAGGAGGAAGUUGCCGGAGCAGCGGUCCCCGACGGCCAGCAGGCCGGGCUCCGUGCUCCAGCAGCAGCAGGUGGAGAAGCCCGGGGAUGCCAAGCCCUCGGAGGGUCGGCUGCGGAAGUGCGAGAGCACCGACUCGGGCUACCUGUCCCGCUCGGACAGCGCAGAGCAGCCGCCGGCCGCCGGCAGCCCCCUGCACAGCCUGUCGGAGCACAGCGCCGAGUCUGAGGGUGAGGGAGGCCCGGGGCCCGGGCGCGCGGAGCGGGCGGCCGGCCUGGAGCUGGAAAAGAGGCGGUUGGAGGAGCGCAUCGCCAGGCUCAUCUCUCACAACCAGGCUGUGGUGGACGACCCCCAGCUGGCCCACGUGCGGCCCCGCAAGACGGUCCUGUCCAAGCAGGGCAGCAUCGACCUGCCCAUGCCCUACACCUACAAGGACUCCUUCCACUUCGACCUGCGGCCACCGGAGCCCAGGAGGACGCCUGCCGCCCUCCGUGCCGCGCGCUCCACCUGCGCGCCCCCAGACAGGGCACGGCCCCUCUUCUUCCACUCGGUCCCCACGCAGCUCUCCACCGGCACCGAAUGUGUGCCUGUCACCAGGAGCAACUCGCUGCCCUUCGUCGAGGGCACGGGGACGUGGCCGGAGCCACCGGACCCCCGGGACGCCUGGUCCCGGAGGCAGAAGGCUCUGAGCCCCAGGCCUGCCCCCGCCCGAUUGGCCGAUGUCCCUGGCAGUCACCCCCGGGCCCUGGUCAGACAGGCUGCGGUGGAGGACCUGCAGUGUCCCCCGACGGGAGACGCCUCGGCCCCGGCGGAGGACCCGGAUGGAAAGAGACCGGCUGCGGGGGAGGGACAGGCUGGCCAGGGCCAGGCGGCUGGUAAGCAACGCGGCCAGAGGAGGCUGAAGAUGUUCUCCCAGGAGAAGUGGCAGGUGUACGGGAAGGACACGUUCAAGAGCAUCUACCAGAAAACGAAAGCUGGCCACCACGGAGGCAAGAAGGCUAGGGAGGUCACAGCGGGCGGCGGGGUCGAGCUGGACUGUCCUCUCCAGCAGGAUGCAGGGGGUGGCGGGCGUGCAGCCCCCUCCCAGGAUGGGAGGAGGCCCCCGGGCCCCGAGGACACUGCCGUGGAGGCCAGGCCAGCGCCUUGCGCAAGCCCACCGGCCCGGGAGGGCCUCUUGGUGACUGAGCCCCCCAAGCAGAGGGAGACAGUGGCCAGAGCCGGAGGCAGGGACCAGCCCCGUGUGAACAGGGCUGCCUCACGCCCCGCCCUCAGCUGCAGAGGACCCCUCUGCUUGGGCAGCAAGAGCCCUCUGCUUCCCCCAAACGGGAGGCUGGAGCUGGGGUGUCAGCUGCUCCCAGCACCCAGUCCUCCCAAAGGAGGUGACCUAGAGGCUCCCAGGCGGGGUCUGCCAGACCCCAAGCUGGAAGGUGGCACCCGGGGUGGCGGAGGGGACGCCAAGGAGACCUGUCAGCAGGCCCACGUGGUCCCGAGCCGGCCGGGUGGGAGCUCUGGGGAACCCCAGCCCACAGAGGUCAAGCUCCCCUCAGAGAGGAAGAAGCUGAAGGUGGAGGUGCUAAGCUGCCAGGAGCCCCCGGGAGCAGGAGGAGAGACCCCGGGGGGCCCCGUGCACGCUGCCUCCCCACCCCCUCAGAACCAGGACAGUGACCCUGGGGAAAAGCCAGGGGGGCUGCCUGGAGGCGGCGACUGCACAGCGAGGGGCAGGGCUGGGGCCCUGAGGCGGGCAGGGCCUCGGGACAUGGAGCCUCGGCUGCGUGCUACAGCUGCAGCCCCCGGGUGUCCCUCCCAGCUGGCCUUGCAGCCUCGGGCCCCCGGCGUCCUCGCUGCCCCAGUGGACAUGGCCUUCCCCCCACAGUACCUCCUCAGGUUACCCCAGGGAGAGACCCGUCACCCGCCGCCCAUCCCCCAGAAGCCGGACCAAGGCCAGGGCCUUCUCUGCAGGAGAGGGGGACCUGAGGAACGGGCAUCCUUUAUGGAGUCGGGGCUGGAGGCCCCCCUGCUUCCCAGCUCAACCUCAGGCCAGGCCCCUGGUGGAGCAGACAGCUUCGGGGAGGACCCCAGCUGGUCCACGCCGUGCGACAGGAGAAAGGGGGUGCAGGGAGAGGAGAAAGCCUUGGACACUGGCACCCCAGCAGCUGGGGUCCCCAGGGGGGCAGUCUCCUUCCCAUCCACGCCAACGUGUGACUCUUGGAGGAGUGGGACCCAUGACACCCAACAAGCCUGCAGCAGCAGCACUUGGGCGCGAGCCAGGCCCUCUGGGGGCGUCCUCCAUCCCUGGGAAUCCACUGGGGAGCUGGGGGGGCCUCCCGAGAGCGCCCCGUGGGGCCCUUCUUCAGGGCCACUAGCGGGGCUCAGUGCCGGUUGCUCCCGCCAGCCCGGCCCCUCACUCUCGGCCCUCCCACCCCCGGGCUGGCCUGAGUUGGCCUCGUGUGCGCCCGCGGAGACCCCCGGGAGCUGCAGGGCCCAGGGGCCUUUCCCCUCGCUGAGGGCUGAGCCCCGGCUCACAUGGUGUUGCCUGAGCCGCAGCCUCCCUCUGCCGCUGGAACAGAAGGAAAAGGACGCUUCCGUGCACCUGGCGCUGCAUUUCCCUGUUGGCAGUCUCCCGGGUGAGGGUCCUGACGCCCAGCCAGCGAGCAAAGCAGUGUCUGGAAGAUGGACCAGGAUAAGCCCUGGAGGAGGAGGGCAGACGCAGACAUUGAAGCUCUCCGACCCAACAGCCCCAGGGAUGCCAUCCCAGGAGUGGAUGUCUGAGCCAGAACGGAAGAAAGGAUGGCCUCAUAGGAGGGCAAAGAUGCCUCGUGGGAGCAGCAAGCAGAAACAACUGAGGAUCCGCUCCAAAAGGUACAAAGGGAAUUUCUUGCAAAGUCGUUUCCAGCUGAGAGCCAGCAGACUGAGGAAGCCACACUGGGUGCUGAGAAAAGACGACCGUUCACCCCCAUCCGAAGGGCCGGCCCCACGCAGGACCUGCGGGCAGGCUUCUUCCGAAACGGCAGGUCUAAAUCUGUCAGGGGAGCCGCCUUGUGCUGCCUCAGAAUCCUCUCUUUGUGUUGGGGACGGAGAGAAGGAGGAGAGGAAGGAGGGCAACAGACACAGCUCGGGAAGCUCCUGUCCUCACCCAAGUUCAAGAGCUGUCAGGGAAACAGACAGAUCAACCUCGAAGGAGAUUUCUCCAUCUGCCGGUGAGCAUGGGGGUCGUCGUCCUCAGAAUCCAGCUGUGAGGUCAGGAUUAUCUCUGCCAUCCGACUCCUUGGUGGCAGUGGCUAAUGACAGACUUCCAGCCCGUGGCAAAGGUCUGCACGUGGGAUCGCCUGAGACUCACCUGCGCCCCCCCCAGGAGCAAGUCUCAACAGACCCCACACCACGCAUUUUCUCAGAUGCUCAAGAACCUUCUUCCUUUGAGUCCAAAGGAACCUCUCUCUGCCAUGACCUUGCUACCUCUGCGGCUGCCUUUUGUCCUUCUCUGGGGAAAAGAGCAGGUCACACAACCCUGGGAAUCCACAGUGUGGAACCACAAGACCACAGCCAGGGUGCAAGGGAGACUCUGACGCAAAGCUCCCCCGACAGAAAAGCGAUAGCAGAGGGUGUGUCCCCAUCACUCUGGCCAGGGAAACCUUCAUCUGGGCGACUUUCAGGUUCAGUUCCACUGGGGUCCACUGGAAAAACUCAUCUUGAAAUACCAGCUUCAGGACCAGGUUCAGCUAGUUCACACCAAGAGGAAGGGAAACACAAGACAUUCUUCCCUUCGGGGGGGAGAUACGGGUGUGGGGAAGUGCGGGUCCCCUGCCCUCCUGUAGGAAAUGACAGUGGGAAAUGUCAAGGAUCUGGAUUCAUCGCUCUAAAGGAUGGUGUGGUUCCGUCUAGCCCAGGGCAGCCCACGGAGAUCCCUGCAGCCCCUUCGAAAACCCUCAGGAAGAGGAGUUUGGAAGGAAUGAGAAAGCAAACUCGCGUGGAGUUCAGCGACACCAGCAGCGAUGAUGAAGAUCGGUUGGUGAUAGAGAUCUGAAACUUCCAGAGGAAGAUGCGUCCACGGUCAAAGACGGAUGGUGCUUCACAGUAAAUGCCGUCAAGCGGGCAGGAGGACUGAACUCUAUUCAUGAAGCCCCUACAGAGAGGAAAGCCAUUUGGGGGUCUUUCUAAGAUCUCCCCAACCAACUCUGAAACCCAAACGCAGCUUCACCCUUCCCAAGAGGCCCUGCUCGCAAGGCACCAGGCUGGGCAAAGCUGGCAGUGAAGCAAGGUCUAAGAAGUCUUGACCUACACAAUGACUGUGGCUUGACUCCCAGCUGUAUCCACUGCAUUGGUCCUUCACUGCCUCAUCUGGGAAAAUGACAUUGACCCAGAGAGCCACGAUCGACUUGUUUCCGAACAAAUGUGAACCCCCCCAGAGUCAAGGUGACAGGCUUCCUCUGUUAGUGACCUGGGGGUUGGCUUCAAAGGGAGUGAGCAUACUUGGGAAAACUGGGGUAGCUUGCAAAAGAGAUGGGGUGUGAACUGGGCAUCGAGAUACUUCUGUUUAUUCUGGAGACAAAAUCCAGGUUCAUUCAAAAACUGAAGUUUGGUCCCAAUAAUUUGCCUCCUUAAUGGAAGCUGUAAAUAUACUUCAAAAUGCCCAUGAUCUGAUGAAAUACUAAGUAUCUUUCAGUGUCGCACAAAUGGUCAAUGCUUACGUAUGAUUCAGUGACACGAGCAUGUACAGCUCUUGUGCCCAGUGCCUUUUCUGUGGAGACCUCUGAAACCCUUGGUUUUUCCAGCUCUUGCAAAAGGGACGUUGUGUUAAAAGUUAACAGAACAGUCUCUGUAAUGAGUCAUUUUUGAGGGGGAAAAAUUCACUUAUUUUCCUCUGAUUCUUUCUGUCAUAUUGUGCUCUGAGCAACUUCAAUUAGAGGGUUACAUUUUAGUAAUCUCUGUAGCUUAAACUGCUGCCUGCUCAUCGUGAUGGGAGCCUUUUAGAUUUCCUCCAGAAGCUUCAAGGAUACAAAACUAAUUGGAGUUUUGACGCUGUUUUACAUCUCAGUAAUUUUAUUUUGGGGGCUUGGUGUUACUUUGCUGUCAAAUUAAAUCAGCCUCUGUAUUGUGCAAGUCAGAACAGCACAGAGAAAAUUCGCCAGUGUUCCAGGCCCGUGCGCCCCUGUGCAGAAGAAAAUAGGUGAUCUGCGUCAGACAACGCGGUGAGCAAAGCCUCCGGUUUACUGCACUCUUCUCCUCCUCCUUAAAUGGGAGAGGAAAAACUUCAAGACAUUUACACUGCUGCAUUCCAGUAAAAUUUUAUACUUGCUUUUGGUUUUGUACGAUUUGAAAUUUAUAGCCGAGCUCUCUUGGCUUCACUUUGAUGUAAGGAUGUUCAUACGACAUCUUGUAGUUCAAAGGUGGGGCAGCGAUGCAGAACACCUCACAUGAACGAAGAUGCUUUAAUACGUCCUUGUCUGUGACGAAGGAUGGUCCGAUUUCACGUAUCUUCAAGUGAAUUUUCCAAUUUUAGGGUAACUCUAGAAACGUCAAGGUGGGACCAGCUGCCCCGGGUGACUUAGCAUAUGUCUGUGGUCAUUUCAGAUGCACUCAUACAUAGCCAAGUGAUUUCAAGCCCAGCCAAGGAAAACAUAAGAAGGGAGGUAAAAGGAUGCUAAGCGUUUACUUCGUGUACUUUCUAAACCAAACAAAAGUGAUGUAAUUAUCUACCCAUUGGAUUGUCCGUGCCACUAUAAUGAGAGAGAGGUCUAGGAAAAUGGCCUGAAUCCUGGAGGGAGAGAAAGCGACCUUGUCCUGGGCUGGCUGGGGAAUCUUGGUGAAGACUCACGCCCUCUCAGCGCCUGCUUCUCCGACUGGGAAGAAGAGAGUAAGACAAGAUGUGCCGAAUGUGACCUCAGGCCCCGACCCUUGUGCGAGUGGCUCGGAGGUGGUCCCCGUGGGAAAGGGUCCUGCACUCAAGGAGUUUGGGAGGGGGCUGUGGGGAACUAAAGCCAAUUAUUUUCUUGAAGAAUGUGAGCUCAGGGAAGCUCCUUCUAAUUUUUUUUUUUCUCUAGAGCUCUAGAUUUGGGGGUGCAAUCAACCCAUUUCUAAAUGGUGGCUCAUAAUGCAAAAAUUAGAAGCAAAAACAGAACACUGCUGUGUGAGUGGGAGACAACAUGUCUGUGGCUGGAUCGGUUUGCUUUGUGUUGGGAGGUACUGGUCAUCCAGAUGCUUCUCUCCUGGACGGCUGCUGAGCUGUUGGCUGGACCACUGGACUGAGGUCAGUAAGUCACUGCUCCCAGUAGCACCGACCUCAGGAUAGUCAGGUUAGGUGGAAGCUUGAUCCUUCUACGAGCCACGGAUGCUGGCUGCCACAUCCCAACCUCCAUCAAACAUGGCGGAACAUUGAUUCCAUCUCCAACUCCCCGUGUGUCUCAUACAAGAGUGAGCAGGUUACCAAAAUUUCCUGUCUCAGCUGGUCAUUUAGCUAGUUGGUGGCAAUGUUUUACAAGCGUACCUUACUUUAUAUCAACAUGAAUUUGUGAAAAGCUAUAUUUCAGUGGGUUUAAAAAAAAAUUUUUUUAAUGUAUUUUGAAUGACCCGAGGGGACUUGGCUAUUGAAAAUCAUCCCAGGGUGAAUCUUUUUUUUAAUGAAAAACUCUUUUAUAAAGCAACAAACAAUCUCUGAUUUUAUAAAUCUUAACUUUCCUAGGGUUUUUCUUAAAGUGGAAUGCAACUGUAGGGAUACAUUUUAAAGAUAAUAUCAGUGAUCUAGAACCGAGUUUGGGUUAUUGAAAAUAAAACUUCAGUAAUAUGGAUUGA